AUGGUGGCCAUACUCAGGUCGAUAUCUCUCCUCACUUUCGCAGCCGCGAGUGCACUGAUACAAAGUCAGCCCGCUCCCGGUGGCUGUACCGCCAGUCCCUUCACCGUCUCAAGUUGGUUCUACCAAGAUUUCACCGCCAAUCGUGCCGAACAUCAUGAGCCUUACAACCGCGUAAACAGAGCAACCAACUAUACUCUGGACAUAGGACUUGCUGGAGCAGUCGAGCUCAAAGCAACUACCGCUAUCGUCCAUGGAGAUGCAUCGUGGUACUGCAAUGACAGAACGACUCCGAAAGCGUAUGGCGUCCAUCAGUCCAUUUGUGGCGGCGAUACGUGCAAAUCGUCCAACCCAGUGGACUUGGUGAAGAGCUCGCUUUCAAGACCUGAUGCGAUCACGCCUGCAUACGCCGAGGGACCGCCGGAGCACAAAAUUCCAGGCCGUGGUGCCCUUUCCAAAACGCCAAAAUGGACACUAGGAACCAUCAUCAUCAACGAGACUGGAGACGGAUCUUCUGUCAUUCAGACUCAGUCAAUCCAGUUCCAAGUCACCAAUGAAGCCACGGUGCAUGUAGUCGGUUGCCUGAACUACUUUCUGGCUGACGCGGGAGAGGAUCCACGUCUUCGGAUUAACUGCAGCGGGCGUACAGAUCGCAAGAGUCGUGUCUCCGCUCAAGGCCAAGCCCUCUCAGCAACGCCCCCUCCUCUAUCGAAGAUCCGAUCCCGAUCGUAUACGGUUGCACCAUCUCUCCUGUCGUCUCUCCCUCACGGGUCCUCAGUAGCUUUGAACUCGACAACCUGCACAGGUGACGACGUGAGUUUGGCAGCCAUCAACUUCAACCUGCGGCUCAACACUCAGAAUAGCCUCUUCGACUUCCCAGUCUUCGUCUACCAUGACGACCUCGAACUGAGUGAUGCCGAAACCUGGUAUACUGGUUCGUUUGGCGCUGGUCAACAGUCUCGUGCGCCGAAGACUUGCUCGUUCCGGUAG